GUACGCAUCAUAUUUAUAGAUUCGUGCAUCACAUCACAUGACUACCAAGUCUGUGGUUCUAUGGUUAAGUCAAGUGUUUUGUUGGUUAUCCGUGGAAAUCGAAAGUAAUCUUUCAGACGAUUUUUGUGCACUUUAAGAAGGACAAUAUCUACUCGUGUGGGUGCUUGGUUCGCGAUAAAUUACUAAUUAUUUUAAUCACAAUUGCAACAUGACAUCUCUUCUCAACGAGGGAAACGAGGUUCUCGUUAUAUUGGGAAACGAAGCAUCUUUUCCUCAUGAUACGGCGGAAUUUCGUUCUGCGAUCAAACAACGUAUUGGACACCUUGGCAAAAUGCAUGCCACAAAUUUGUUGGAUUUAAAAAAGGAAAAUUACAAUGCAUCUGCUUUUAAUGUCAUUAUUGCCAUUUUUAUACAACCAUGCAUGACCGAUGAAUUCCUGACAGAGGCAUUGAGAAUUCUGAAACCUAAUGGUUUACUCAUCAUUUAUGAACCAUUACCAAUAGAGAGAAAGUUGGAUACACAACUUACCUAUUCUGAAAGAAUAUCUAGAUUAAAGUUAUCCGGUUUCAUAGUAAACAAUAUAGAACAAAAGAGCUUGGAUAAAGAUUUAGAGAGUAAAAAUCUUUUGCUGAAAGUAUAUAACAAUGCAAAAGAUAUUUGCAAAGUAUUAGCAAAUAAACCAUCAUUUGAGGUGGGUUCUAGUGUUCCUCUAUCAUUCACAGACAAAAAAUCUAAUGUAUGGAAGGUAGAUGAUUUGAUAGAUGAAGAUGAACUUUUAGAUGAGUCAGAUUUUGUGAAGCCAGAUGCAUCAUCCUUAAGAGUUUGUUCAACAACGGGCAAGCGCAAAGCAUGUAAAGAUUGUACAUGUGGACUCGCAGAAGAAUUAAAUAAUAAAACCAUACAGGAAGGCACUGUUAAAUCUUCUUGUGGAAGUUGUUAUCUUGGAGAUGCAUUUAGAUGUGCCAGUUGUCCUUAUCUUGGAAUGCCUGCCUUUAAACCUGGAGAGAAAGUAGUUGUGCCAGAUAUUCAUUUAACUAUCGAUUCCUAAAUUCUGUUUUUCAUGACUGUAUAAAUGGAUAUUUAUUUCGAUUUAAGGAAAUAAUUGUGUGCUGUUUUUAUAUGAUUAUUUCAUAUGGUUAAUUUAGAUGAUUAAUUUUGUCUGAUAUAUGCAUAUAUGUAUUUAAUACAGAUAAAUGGAUAUAUAAUACACAAUUGUUCCUUAAAUAAAGACACUUCAAAUCUAUUUAUCAACAAUUAGAAAAAUUGUUUUAAAUGUAACAACAUUAAAUAAUAACAAUACAAGAGAUAAUCAUCAAUAAUAAAAAUAUCUAAUUAUAAGAUUUGUAGUAAAAUGUACACAAUUUUCAUGUAAAUUAUAUAAUUGAAUCUU